UACGCAAUGUCAAGGCAAGUGAAAGCAUCUCAGCGGGACUUGUUUAAGAAGAUAACAGAAGAACAGGAGUAUGACGACUACCUGGUCACGGAAAGGGACGCUGAUGGCUCCAGCAUCAUGUCGUCUCUCUCCUUCUUAACACUCCGCGCUAAAGGGAAAAAAGACAUGAAGCUAUUCGCAAAAUCUGCCGCAUGGAGUGAAAGAACAAGAUUGAGUAACGGUAGUUUUUGUCCGUAUAGCGUCGAGCUGUACUUCUACGAAACAUUGUGGAAGAAAUACGAAAAGUUAGAAGAAAUGUGCAGUGUUCCACAGGAGCAUAGAUUCCGUAAACCGAAACUGUAUGGAAGCAGCUUCGAAUAUCUGGACGAAACUCUAGUAAUAGAAGACUUGGUUGCAAAAGGCUAUGAGGAUUCUGAUCGACAGAAAUCGGCGGAUUUUGAGUAUAUGUCAACGGGUAUCGCUUUGAUUGCGCAGUUUCAUGCUCUUUCCUUGGCUUACUCCCAGUAUGCGCCAGAUGCUUUUAAGAAAACCAGCGAAUAUUUGACGAUGAACGAAUCUAAACUAGAAAUGUGGUUGGCAAGCGUUUCGCCUAAAAUGCUGGCUAAUGCGUUCUCAUCCGCUGAAAAACAUAGAGAAAAACUUGAAAACUACUUUGAGACACCGAAGAGAUUCCAUCAAAUACUUAUGGGUUAUUAUUAUUACCGAAGAAGAAACAGCAACGUUUUGGUUCACGGGGAUUUCAAGCCAAGCAACUUAAUGCAUAGGCGUAGAAAUGGGAAAUUAGAAUUAGCUGUCGUUGACUUUCAGUUGGUUCACGAUGCAAAUGCUGUGGUCGAUCUAAUGUACUUCAUUUAUACUGCUACAGACGAAUCAUUUCGCCGGGUCCACUAUCGAGAAUUACUGGAUCUGUACUAUGAGCAGCUGAAGGCGUCCUUGUUUAGACUACGCGUUGACCCAGAGCAGGUAUAUCCGGAGAAUACUUACAGAUCGCACGUGGCAGAGUGUGCAAUGUUGGGGCUAGCUAUAGGCGUGGGGUUACUGCCUAUGGUGUUGGUGGAUAAAGACGAAAUCCCUGCUUUUAAUGAGGAUGCAGAUAUGGACGAUAUUGCGGUGGCAGGUAACGCUCUUUUUAGAGAGCGUUUUAAUGGUAUACUCAAUAACUACGUAGAGUGGGGACUGCUGUGAGGAGAGUUAACAUAACUAUGGAGCCGUUGUCGACAAUUCUCCACGUCAUGAGAU